UCAGUUUACGUUUCGGCCGCGUCGCCUUCAGUUCCCCAGUGUUUCGUGACCAGGCUGCACUUCAUCCGCGGAGGCGCCUGCUAUUGCAAGAGCAAACACAGAAACAGAUUCUAAAACAGAAACAGAAACUGGAUCCCAGAGCCAACUCAUUGUCAUUCAUAGCUUAGCAUAGUUGCUGCGUAAGAUUGUGUGUGCGUGGAUAGCAGCGGCAGUGAGUGUGCGUGAGUGCGUAAAACCGGAGGCGUCUGUAGUUUUCCACAGGACAUCGCACCAGCGAUUUGGACUAGCGAGAGCGGAACCCGUCAACAGGGCGCAUCGCUUGAAGCACUUCCUCCGUAGCCACCGCUGACAUCUCCUGUUCCUGUUCCCGUUCCCGGACGUCGAUCAUGAAGCACUCGCCGCUGAUUGCCAGCGCUUGUCUGGCGCUGGUGUUGAUGUCAUCCAGCCUGAUUGGCAGCACCGAGGCCAGAAACAAGAAGAAGUACGUCGGCGAGACGGGCGGCGAUUUCGAGUUUAUCGAUGAGAUAAACAAAAACACGCAGAGCAACAAGAAUCUGGGCGAGCACAAGCGCUGGAUACACGAUCCCUCGAGUGACCUUUGCCGACCGCUGAACUGCAAGAAGCGUGAAAUCUGCCUGCUGGAGGACGAGUUCAGUGCCGUUUGCGUGUCGAAGAAGGAGCUCCACAAGAAUCGUGAUGAGAUAAUCACCAAGGCCAAGUAUUUGGAGGAGGAGGCCAAGCGGCGUGUCAACCAGCAGGACAAUCAGGACAGCCAGGACGCGGAGGAUAUCAACAACGACGACGAGGAUAACAGCAGCGAUGGCGGCAGCAGCAACUCCAGCCCCACAGGCACCAACAAUGCCCAGGCCAGUGUCCAGGGAAAUGAGGAGACCGACGACGAAGAUAAGAGCCUAAGUCUGGGCGACGACGACGAGUCCAAGGAGGAUGAUGUCUUCUACGAGAACAGUAUCGCCGCCGGCGAUAAGCAGCAGCAGCAACAGCAGCUAUCCCAGCCUGCUGCAGGACCUUCCGUUAUUCAGCAGGACGACGACGAGGAGUUGGACAACUGCAAGCCGUGUCCUGUGGCCAAGCCGACGUUCCUGUGCGGAGCCGACAACAGGACCUACUCAUCACUAUGCAGAUUGGAUUAUCACAAUUGCAUACAUUCGACGUCCAUACGGAUCGCCUGCAAAGGAUUCUGUCCCUGCAAGGAGAUUGUCGAUGGAAAGCGGCUGCAGCGCAUCUCGGGCUACAACAACAAGUACAACAAGAAGAUCAGCCUGGACCAGCAGCAGCAGCAGCAGCAACAACAACAACAGCAGCAGCAGCAGCAGCAGGCCUACAAGGACAGCAACAACAACAACAUCAUGAUGAACAGCGGCAACAUAAUGGGCGGCAACAACAACGACUUCAACACGAUCAUGAAUGACAAAGAGGACAAUAACCGGCACAACAACCACAUCAAUGCCCAGUACACUUUCACGCCCGAGGAGAUCAAAUAUGACAACAAGCACUACAAGUACCUCAAGUACACGGCCUACAAGAAGGACUCCAAGUACCAGGAGGACAAGCACAAGAUGCGCAACUAUAACGAGGUGGUCGAGAAGCAGCAGCAGAAGUUCAAUAAGAACAGCAACUUGAAUGCCUAUCCAUCGAAAUCGGCAGAGUGCAAGCCGCAGCAACUGACGGCGAUUGGCAACCGACUGCUGGACUGGUUCUCGGUGAUCAUGGCGGACAGCAAGAAGCGGCGCCAGCACAGCCAGAAGUCAAAGGCCCACUUCCCGCCCGCCUGCAAGACGGAGGCCAAGUGGAUGUUCGGCCACCUGGAUCUGAAUAACGACGGGCAGCUGUCGCUGCAGGAGAUGUACGACCUGGAGCAUGACCAGAACGAGCGUUGCAUCAAGCCAUUCAUCGACACCUGCGACUUGGACACGGAUAGCUCGAUCAACACACGGGAAUGGUGCAGAUGCUUCGAGAAGACGGAUCGUCCAUGUGCCGCUGUGCGCCGGAGAAUCGCCGGCGACUUUGCAGGAGCCUACGCACCGGACUGCGACAUCCAGGGAUUCUACAAGCCUACCCAGUGCCACAAUUCCGUGGGAGUUUGCUGGUGCGUGGACAAGCACGGAGUGGAGUUCGCCAACACACGCACACGCGGCAAACCCAAUUGCGAGUCCGUGGUUAAUAAUGCCGCAUCGCUCACAUCCGAUGACGAGGACGAGGGCGCCGAUGACGAGGACAGCGCGGAGGGCAGUGCCGAUCAGAUGCUGGUCUUCUAAGCGAAACCACAGCUCCUCCAGCAGCUGGGGCAACCGAUGGCGAUAGCCCUUGGCCCUGGCGCAUCAUCCAAUCAGCGAGCUAGCGUUAUAACAGAAAAUUAAUAUUAUUAUUAUUAUGAUUGCAAACAAAUCGAAGAAAAGUGGAAGUAAAAGCGAACGCAGCAGCGAAAAACCCAAAAACAGAAACAUAAAUGUGCAGUAGCCAAGUAAGCGUUUUUGAAUAGAACUACGAAUAGCAAACAGCAGAAGCAGCAAAACUCACUCACUCACACUCACACACAUCACGCCAUCAAGGAUAACUAAAAGGAGCGCCACCAGGACGAGAGAGCAGGACGAAACUGUAGCAUAGUUGAAGGCGCAUCGCACGCAAAUUGGCAAACCGCUGAUCCCAGCAGUAGAACAAAUACAAAAAACAGAGAACCACCACAUAUACUCACCCAUCGCAGGCUCAUGUUAUUUUUCCCCCAUUUUUCGGUCAAUCAGCACAGCCCAGCCAGCCACGAUUUCGCCUUUGUUAUCAUUGUCGUUUGCACGGAUGGUUGACCUCAGUUAUAGCCAGUAAUCCGUCUAUUUUUUGCCUUUCGCAGCAGAACUAGUUCCACUCAUACACAUGUCCUUCUCUGCUUUCGCGACACACAACACACGCUAAGAAUUCCGCCCAAACGAAAAAUAUAUUAAAAUUUAUGUGAUAAGUUUUUGAAAUGAAUGAGAGUACGAACGAGGAAGGCAACUGUCCAUCUGUUAGCUGCGAGUCCAGUGCCCUCAGGAUCAAAGGAUGGCAGAAUCGAAGGAUUGCAGCAUCGCAGGAUCUGAGGAUAGCUGUGGGUAGCUUGGGAUCGUAGGAUCUUAGGAUUUUGGGAGCAUAGGAUCUCAGGAUCUUAGGGUCGUAGGAGUUCAUAGCCGUUGGAUGGAUUCGGUGGAGACACAGGAACGUGUGGCCAAAACACAAGUAGUUCGAGUGGGGAAAUUUUGGUGGAAAUGUGGCAGACUCAUAGUUGCAUAUGUACGAAACAUAACCGCGUUCAUUUAGUGUUACUUACCAGAUAAAUAGUGAGAGAUCCGGCGCUUGCAAGGCUUUGUCAACGUCGGCUUAACGUCGUUUGUAUCAGCACCUGCCAGGGCAAAAAAGAAACUCAGCACCUGCUUUUACGUAAACACACCCACUUUCCAUUGAGCACUCCAGGAUAUUGGAGAUAUGAUUAAAAUUUCCACACACUCGUAGGACAUACGACAUUAACGUAAGGAAAGGACUCGGCAAGAGAUUCGAUAAAUGGCAAUUCGCUUAUACAUGCAUAUAUGAAUAAAUAUAUAAUAUGUUUACCGUGUAAGUAUAUAAGAAGCAUAAUUAAGUGGCAGCAAAUAGCAGAUCGUCGAACCGUAGCUCAUCCCAGUUUUUUUUUUUUUAAUUCCGCCCUUUGAUAUUUUCCGGAUGUGAAAAAAAUUAAAACGUAAUAUUGGAGUUUUAAACACAUUUAUGAGCGUGGAGGAAAGAAAAAUAAGAACAUUGAAUGCUUGCAAAAUGACGAAAUUAUAUAGCCAAUUGUAGUAAACAAAACCAAUGCAUAUAAACAAACCUUUUAAUUAUAGCAAAAAUUUAUAACCAACAAUGAACAUUAAUAACAAUCAUUUGCGAUCAAGCGAAGAGUGGAGAAAAGUAUCUGUUUUCGGCUGCAUUUAAAGUAAAGAGCAAAGAAUAAUAAAAAUAUAACUGACUAUGUACUACGAUUACGAUUGUAUUUAUGUAUGUAUUUAUUAAAAUGCAAACUGCAUUACUUCUAGGAAGCCAUCACAGUUUAAACCCAAUUUACAGACCUUUGGCACUAAAUCUUCCUUGACAAUUAUUAUAGUUUUUUUUUUUUUUUUGCAUUUCUGUUUAGAUUUUGUCCACUCACAAAUAUUAUAUCCAUAGAAUCGUGUUCAUGAUAAUGCGUAAUACGUAAUGCAUUUUGAAAACUUUUACUUCGAUUCGAUAGCACAGGUUUUCGUUUCUACCAACUACGAUUCGUUUAUGUACGGAAUGAUGAAAUCAAUAAAUAUUAUUUAAUGCAAUUAAAUGGCUAACUCUUUUCUUCAACAAUCGUCAGCAGGUAAAGGAUCUACUUCAGC